UUAUGCGAAUGUUAUGCGACGGUUGAACUCGUCGUGGUGUAUAUAGGAUGGCACACAGUAAUCACCAGCUCCAGUCGGAUCAGGAUGGUGUUCGGAUCAGUGGCGAGGAGAGACCUUGGGAUUAAGACGGCGGCGGCGGCGGCUUCACUGCCAAUGCCAAAGUCAUCCACGACCUUUUACCUACUGCUGUUGCUAAUUGCCUAUGUGCUUGUGCAUCCCUCCACAUCUAAACCUUCAAAUCUACUUGGAGGCAUCCUUGAAGCACCAGCUAAGCUGGUGGGUGGGUUUUUGGGAGCAGCCUCAAAUGCCCAGAGUCAAGCUCAGAGUACUAGCAUUGGGACAAUGUUUGGACCGUUUGGCGUGACAUUCUCCCAGUCAACAGCCAGCAGUAAUGCGGGAGCAAAUGCAGCAGGAAAUGGAGGAUAUGGCGGAGGACCAGGAUAUGGAGGAGCUGGAGGAUUUGGAGGAGCUGGGUCAGAAGCAGGAGCUGGAGCUGAAGCAAGCUCCUCUGCUGGAGGUUUCGGGGGAUCUCAGGCAGCUGCAAAUGCUGGCAGUGGAUCAUCAGCAGGGCUAGGAGGGUAUAAUCAAGGAAACGGGUUUGGAGGAAACUAUGGAGGGGGCUACGGAGGUGGAUUUCCUCCAUCCAAUGCAGCCAGUAAUGCGGGUGCCUCAGCAUCAUCAAAUGCAGAAGGUGGAUAUGGUGGCUUGGGUCCACUCUAUUCAGGUGGUAAGCAGGGCAAACCAUCUGGCUACUCACCACAUCACAAACCCCAAGGGCCACCCCAUCAUGGCCCCCCAGGGCCACCCCAUCAUGGCCCUCCAGGACCACCCCAUCAUGGCCCUCCAGGACCACCUCAUCAUGGACCACCACAUCAUCCACCAUCAGGCAACUUGUAUGGAGGACAUGGUCAUCACCAUAACCAUGAACAUCAUUCAGGAGGAAGUGGAUACGGACAAGGCAAUGGUGGUUAUCUAGGGCAAGGAAGCCACUCAUCCUCUCAAGGUGGAGGUAUUGGACAUGAGCAAAAUUCUUAUGGGGGAGGAUCUUUUGGUUCAGGUUCACAUCACAAGAAGCCAGGCUCCAAUUACCAGGGAGGAGGUGGUUCAUCUUAUGGAGGAUCUUCAGGAUCUGGAGCAGAAGCAUCAGCAGGUAGCUCUUCAUCUGGAGGAAGUGGAUCAUCAGGCUACAAUGAAGGUGCUGGCUCCAGCCAUCAUGAAAAGGGUGAUAAUUAUGAGCAGAAGGUAAUGGAAGUGUUUGGACCAGAAGGAGGUGAUGGUCCAUUUUCUUCAGGUAGUAACUAUGGUUCAUCAGGAAGUGGUGCUUCAAGCCAAUCAGGAGCCUCAUCGGCUUCACAUGAAGGUGGACAUUAUGGGUCAUCAGGACACGAAACUGGAUCUUUGAGUUCUUCAUCUGCAUCAGCAAAUGCUGGAGCAGGAAGUUAUGGUGAGGGAGAUUCAUCAGGUAACACAGGAAGCUACACAAAUGAAGAAGGACAGUUUGACUUAGAUGUUAGAGAAAAAAAUCCAAAUCUCACAAAAAAACUCAUUUUUACAUAAUUUACAGAAAUAGAUUUGUUUGAUGAAUAUUGUAGAUGGAUUUAAAAAUGUGCAAUACUUUGGCUUCGAUAAAAUCAAUAUCAGGAAUUUUGUAUUAAAGUAUGGUAUAUUAACUAAGAUUGAUAAGAAAAGAAGUUGAAUUCUAUUUAAGUGGUGAAAUUCAUAUUUGCUGAUUCAACUGAGUUGUUGGAAAUAAUAUAUCCAUUUAAUAAGAAAUAAUAAAUGAGAUACUGAGUAACCUAAAAAACACAAGCAUUUAUACUCCUCAAAAAUUGGAGUGUGUCAGAGACUGAAUUUUUUGUAUUAAGACAAAUGAAUCCCAUUAUUUAUUUAACAAUGCAGAAAAAUCGAUAAAAAUUAAAAGAAUAUUAGCAUAGAAA